AUGAGAUCUAUUCUUUCAGCUGUUGGGCUUUUGGCUCUCUCCGCCUUUGUCAAUGCUGCGCCGACGCCAAUUGAAGAGCGGUCACCCAACCCAAGCCCUGGCGGCAUACCCAGCACGGCGAACGCAAAAUCCCAGCUCGCUGCCUUGACUGUUGCCACUGCGGUUGACGAUGGCUCGUAUGACCGUGACCUCUUCCCGCAUUGGAUUGAGUCUGGUGGCUGCAGCACCCGAGAGACUGUACUCAAGCGCGAUGGCACUGGUGUCACAACGGGCUCUGACUGUUACCCUACCGCUGGCUCAUGGAAGUCUCCUUAUGACGGCGCAACCUGGACUGCACCUUCAGACAUUGACAUUGACCACAUGGUUCCUCUUAAGAACGCCUGGAUCUCGGGUGCAAGCAAGUGGACCACAUCCAAGCGUCAGCAAUUUGCCAACGACUUGACCAGACCACAGCUCUGGGCGGUGACGGACGACGUCAACAGCUCCAAGAGUGACAAGAGCCCCGAUGCGUGGAAGCCUCCUUUGUCGUCCUUCUACUGUACCUACGCGAAGAGCUGGGUGGCUGUCAAGUCCUAUUGGGCCCUUACGAUUACCAGUGCUGAGAAGUCUGCGCUGACAAGCAUGCUUAACACGUGCUAA